AUGAAGCUCUCAUUUCAUGUUUAUGUUCAACGGAGACAGCAGGUGGUCACUAAAAUCGUUCCUCAUUCUGAGAAGGUACUUACCGCUGCUAAAUUCAUCACUCAUGCACCUCCAGGGGAAUUUAAUGAAGUAUUCGAUGAUGUUCAGCUACUGUUUAGUAAUGACAAUCUCCUCAGGGAAGGGGCAGCACAUGCAUUUGUCCAGUAUAAAAUGGAUCAGUUCAUGCCCGUGAAGCUAGAAGGAAAUAAAGAUCAGGUCCUAAUUACAGAGCACAGUGACUUGGGUAGUAGCAGAUUUUUAGAUCCAAGAAACAAAAUUUUCUUUAAAUUUGAUCACUUAUGGAAAGAAGCAGGUGAUCCCCUAUCAGAGGACAUAGUAGGAGGCCUGAGAUCUUGGCAAGAAUCCUUUGACAGUACUUUAAGGGCCUACAUGAAAGAUCAUUAUUCCAAUGGCUUCAGUAAUGUUUAUGCUAAAACUAUAGAUGGACAGCAGACUAUUAUUGCAUGUAUUGAAAGUCACCAAUUUCAGCCUAAAAACUUCUGGAAUGGUUGUUGGAGAUCAGAGUGGAAGUUCACCAUCACACCACAUACAGCCCAGGUGGCUGGAGUGCUUAAGAUUCAGGUUCACUAUUAUGAAGUUGGCAGUGUUCAGUUGGCCAGUUAUAAGGAUGUACAGGAUUCAAUUACUGUAUCCAAUGAAGUCCAAACUGCCAAGGAGUUUAUUAAAAUCACAGAGAAUGCAGAAAAUGAGUGUCAGACAGCAAUUUGUGAAAACUAUCAAACGAUGUCAGAUACCACAUUCAAGGCCUUGUGCCGGCAGCUUCCAGUUACCCGCAUGAAAAUCGGAUGGACCAAGAUCCUCAGCUACAAGACUGACAAAGGAUGCUUAAAGGUUGAAUGUAAGAUUCUUCAGUAUGUAGACAGAAAAGGAUUCAAUGUGUGAUCAUAUGAUAAAUAUGUGAUUUAUAAGUGAGAGCAACAUUUUGCUAGGACUUUCAAUGUUAACAGGUUUUCUAGCCUCAUGGAAUACUG